AUGUCAUUUAACGGCAAAGUCAUCGCACUUACAGGGUGUGGCUCCGGCAUCGGCCUAGCCGCUGCCAAACAUCUUGCUGCACGUGGCGCAUUCCUCUCUAUCUCUGACAUCCGAGAGGGACCUCUUGUAGAGGCAGCUGAAGCAAUUCGGAAAAUUGGUUCGGAGCCAAUGGCGACAGUACUUGACAUUGCUGAAGAAAGCCAAGUCAACUUGUGGAUCCAAGAAACGGUGAAGAAAUUUGGCAGAUUGGAUGGGGCUGCGAAUAUCGCUGCCAUUCAUCAAACCUUUACACUGGUCAAAGACAUUCCUACUGAGGACUGGAAUGAGGUCAUUCGCGUCAAUCUUACUGGGACCAUGAACCUCCUGCGGGCCCAGCUCCAAGUCAUGAAAUCGGGAUCGUCUAUUGUCAACUUUUCAAGUGUUGGUGGUACUCGUGGCGUGCCAAAUUCUGGCUCUUACUGUGCUAGCAAGUGGGGGGUUAUAGGGCUGUCCAAAUCAGCAGCGAUUGAGGCCGGCCGCGAUGGCGUUCGCGUCAAUGUCGUAUUACCUGGGUUAAUUGAUACGCCACAGCUAGCAAGCGUAAGCAACGACGAGUUGGCCAAGGCUGAUAUCAGUCCCGACAAAAUGGUUCCCCUUGGGCGAGUAGGGAAACCAGAGGAAGUGGCUUCACUCAUUAGCUUUUUGCUGAGUGACGAUUCAUCGUAUGUGACAGGUAGCACUUAUAACAUUGACGGAGGGUUCUAG